GCAUGGUGGAGCUGUGUGUAACGUGAGAAGACGGCAACGUGACAAGACGGCAACGUGGAAAAUCCUCUUUUAUCAGCGCACCCCUGACAGUUACGAUUCUGCUGUUGGUGAUCUACAAGCUGCAGACAGAAAGCACAACAAAGGCAUAAAGAAAUGACCAGCGAGCAAAGGUUUCUACGCAACGCCAUCACUGAUGUCUUGCCUGACCUUCCAGAGGUGUCGAAAGAUAUUCUUGAAGAGACAUUACAAAACCUAGGGGUGGAGACGUACAAUGAUUUUCAGUUUGAGGAAGCAGAUUUGCUGUCAGCACUGAGGCCAAUUCAAGCCAGAAAAGUCCUUGCUGCUUGGAAGCUGCAAUGCCAGACUCCUGAAACCAGCAGCUCAUCUGUCUGUGCCUCUCCAGGACCUUCCUCAACCUUGCAGUCUCUUUCACCCAGAAGCUCAACCUCUUCCAACAGCUGCCAAAGUCCUGAUAUUGACUGGGUGGGCACCUUUAUGAUCCCGUGGGAGAAGUUCCCAGAGGAAUUGAUGCAGUCAUUGGAGAGAGGAAAACGACCAAGUCCAAAAAUGAGAAGGGAGAUGGUCCGGAUUGUUGUUCGUGAGAUGUUGCAGAAAAAUUCUUGCAUCAGUAAAAUAAACUCUACUGACGUUGCCAAAAAGAUGGUGGCAACAUAUCCACAAUCUCUGCAGGAUGUUAUAGAGGGAGAUGUGAUUGGGCCCGGCUAUCUUUCUUUAGUCAAGCAAUUGCAAAAUAGGAUUGAGAAUGUGAAGCGAUGUACAACCCCAAAAAUAAAACAAAAGCAUCAGUCUAAUGAGUCUGACACCGAAGAAGUCCCUCCAGAGCAAAGAGCAACAAUCCAGGACACCUAUGGGUGCAUUAAAUGGGAUUUGAAAUUCCUGCCCUGUGGAGAGACCCUUGAGAGCCAGCAGGAGACGACUGAAAAACUGAAGAGGAUGUCUCAGCAAAGUGAUGCAAAUCCAGAGGAGGUCAAACGUCUGAUGAAGAUGACAUUCUACACACAGCGUAAACAAGUCAACCAGGGAAAGAAUAUAAAAUACCUCCUUGAAGAGUGGCCCUUUUGGUUCGAUGAACUUGGCAUGGCAGUCCACUUUAAGGAACUCACCGGAGUUGAGCUUAAAGAAACCUUCAUAAAGAAUGUGGAUCUAAAGGGGAAACGGCUCUUGAACUACAUGAAUACUGUUUGUAUGAACAAGAACAAAAAGUUCCUACAGGCUGUAACAAAGUUUAAAGUGAUGAGGGGAGAGCUGAUUGGUUGCUCUGAAGACGUCAAAGAGAUGGUGCUGCUUCUGCUGUCUUACUUUGAUGAGAAGGAAGAUGUGAUGUUCUGCUAUGUGGAGGACACAUGCCUGGCAGGGGAAGUACAGAUGGACCAAGUUCACUUGACUCCAACCAUUGUUGUUUGUGGACGAUCCUGCUAUUCUUCGAGACGAUUCAUGCUGAGUGUGGAUCGAAACAUUGUGCACAACAGGCACAGGGCAGAAAUGAAGGAGGGGAUGUUGAUGUUUGGAAGCUAUUAUUGCUUCAACAUCCAUUAUCCAUCAGAGCUGGCUUCAACCCUGGAGUUUCUGCAGAGGUGUUUUUUCUGCAUCAACCCAGAAAAGGGCACUAAAGUGGAAAAGACACGAACAUCCCGUCUUCACGUGAACCCAAGAGUCCUUACCUUGAUUCAGAAACUCUCCGAUCAUGAGUGGCGUGACGCCUGAAUAUGGACUAAACUAAGAGGCUUGUGGCAUGUGAGGUUGCGUCAUCAUUCACAAUUUCAGCUCAUUUACCCAGUUCUUCAUGUUUGAGGGGCAAGCAAAUGUUUCACACAAAAUUGUUUGUUGCAAUUGUUAGUUGUAUUGCUCUUGUAUUUCCUCUAACAUCACAUAUUCAUGAGUCCUUAAUUUGAUUCAGGAACUUUCUGAUGUGGCGCAAUGUUUGAACAUGGACUAAAUACAAUAAGACUUGUGGCAUGAGAUGAUGUGCAUCACCCACUGUUUAAAACUUUGUUUCAGCUCAUUAUCUGCCCAGCUCUUUACACUUUAGCAAUUGAAGGUUUCCCACAAAAGUGUUUGUAUGCAAUUGUUACACUGCAAUAGUUUCAUUGCUGUUUUAUUUCACCAUGACUUUUAUAUAUUCAUAAAAUAGGAGUAAAGUCCAUCUUUACUCGUUAAGUUCUAGUAAGAUGGUCACUAAUCUGUUGCAAGCUCUCUAUUCUG